AUGGAUCUUCCCGAGGUCGUGCCUGACUCGUCUCUCGAAGCGGCGCCGGGCCGGUACCACAGCGAUAAAGAAGCCAAAUAUGCCGUCGGCACGUCCGACUACAACGGCGACUACAACAAUGGCCACUACGACUCGGGCCUUAUCCCCGUCACAUCAGUACACUCCUUCAAGAUCGACGACACAGGCCAGCUCGUGCCUCCAGGCAGCGCGGGAGGCUCGUCGGGACGAAAGAAGAUAUGCGGACUACGGCCCAAGUUGUUUUGGCUGCUCCUCGGCGUUGGGCUUGUCGUCAUAAUUGCGAGUGUUGCUGGAGGAGUCGGCGGCGGGAUGAUGGCCGCUCAGUCACGGAAGGCGAGCAAUGCGGAAGCAUCUGCGACAAGUCCUAUUGGGGCCCAUAAAAGUUCGUCGGCAGCAACUGCUACGAAGACUUCCCCAAAGGGUACAACUGCAUCGGAUGGUGGCAAGUCCACAAAUAGUCCCGUUCAUUCAACGGACACAGCGUCAUCUGGAGGCAAUUCCAGUGGUGAGGCCACCGGUUCAGAAACAUCCCAAACCGCCUCGUCGACGGGUAAACAGAAGGAUGCCAAUAAGAGUACAGCUAGCAAUAAUAGUCCCGCUCAGAAGACGGUAACGACCCAAACGAUCGCUGUGAGUACCACGACCAAAGAACCGGCAACGACACCAACAAAGCAGGCUGAGUCGACAACAGAGGCCGAGCCGACAACAAACAAGGCCGUGCCGGCCACGACCUCCAGCAAGACGACCGCGGCCGCCCCUGCACCCGCGCCCACAUUCCUCAACAACCAGACCUACACCGCGACAGGGUUCGCCUUCCAGGCGUUCUCUGGGUCGGACUACUCGGGCAAAGUGUCGGACGUCAUUCGUGAUGAGGGCUUUCUCGACCUGUCGUUUUCGUCCAACAGCUACGUGUGGCUUCCCAACGGCGCCGACUGCUGCAUCACGUUCUGCAGCGACAAGGCAACAUCGGUGGAUGCAGUGGCUUCCACGGCACCCUUUUCUAAAUCCGAUGGCGCCACUGCCGACCGUAUCCGCUUGUCGUCACCCUCGCUCGAGUCCUCGGCGACGGCUGUGAUUGCUGCGGCCUCUACCCCGACAUCGGCUACUCCCUCACCAUCGUCCGCGUGGAGUGACGACGUCCUCCGCCAGCCACCUGACGACCGCAACAUGACCUGGGGCGUGACGGUGGUGAUGGCGGUGAAAGAGAGGAUGCGAAAUUCCGUGAAGGAGGUGGUCAGGCAGAGGCCGAGCCAUUGUGCCGUUAGUGACGGUCAAGAAGGCAGACUAUCAGAGACAGCCAACGAGGUAAAUGCACACCACAGUGGCAGUGAAAAAGACGAGGCUCAGAGUCGACGGUCUACGUUAAAAAAUUUAUCGGCCAGCGGCAGAUGA